CACCGUCGCCUCGUUGUCCGUGCGCGAGCGAUACAUGGCCGCGGCGAUCGCGAGCUCGCUCAUCAGGCAGAAACGGCAGGCGCGCGAGACCGGCAGCGACCGCGGGGCCGCCUCCGCGCGCCGCUCGAGCCCCGGGAAAGAGGCGCGCGCGCUGUGCGGCAGGCGGCUUUACGGGCUCUUCAGCAAAGUGCGCUUCUGCAGCGGCGGCAAGAAACGGCCCGCGCCACGGAAACCAGAGUCACCAUCCAAAGACAUGCAGGUUAGUCCAAAGACAUGCAGGUUAGAGCCACAGCUGAAGGGGAUUGUGACAAGGCUGUUCAGCGAACAGGGGUUUUACCUGCAGAUGAAACCAGAUGGAAGCAUUAAUGGGACCAAAGAUGAGAACAGUGACUACACUCUUUUUAAUUUGAUUCCAGUGGGUCUGCGUGUUGUGGCCAUUCAGGGUGUGAAGGCAGGACUUUAUGUGGCCAUGAACGCUGAGGGAUUCCUCUAUACAUCAGAUCUUUUUACAGCAGAGUGUAAGUUUAAGGAGAGUGUGUUUGAGAAUUACUAUGUGAUCUACUCGUCCACUCUGUAUCGCCAACAUGAGAGCGGACGUGCCUGGUUCCUCGGCCUCAGCAAGGACGGUGUCAUCAUGAAGGGGAACCGUGUCAAGAAAACCAAACCUUCUUCACACUUUGUCCCCAGACCCAUUGAGGUGUGUAUGUACAAGGAGCCGUCACUGCACGAGUUAGAAGAGAAGCAGAGGAGCCGGAAAGACUCAGGGACGCCGAGCAUGAACGAAAGGAAUCCGCCAAACCCGGACUCGACUGAGCAGGACGGCUCAUAGCUGCUCACAAACUCACACACACACACACACACACACACACACACACACACACACACACACACACACACACACACACACACACACACACACACAUAUAUAUAGCACCUCACAGAGUUCGCACCUCAACAGGAGAAACAUCACCCAACAAGAAAAAGCAGAUUGAAAUCUGCAAUCCUGUGAAUGUCUCAGAAAGGAAACAAAGAAAAAAAAGAAAAGAAAAUCCUGUAUUUGAUAUCAGGACAUUUUAUGCAAAGCCUGCCGAGCGUGUGUGCGUGCGUGUGUGUGUGUGUUAUACCUCGGACACGAAACGAAAAUACUGUGUGUAUGUAUGUGUGUGUGUUUGGAAGUUUAAGCUUUAAAGCCAUGUACAUGUCAAUUUACGAAUGCAAAAGCACCUACAUGCGCUUCUUUCUGUUCGUGUGUGUGUGUGUGUGCUGCUCUGGUCAUUGCUAUUAAUCGUCAGUCUCAGAUUCUGCUCUCCAUGUGGCUUACGUAGUGAAUUCGGCUGAUGGGCUGCACUGUGAUCUCAGUGGACUUCAAAGUGUCGUCAUCAUCAUCUCGGAAGUUCAGAAACAACUAUAUUUAACGUGCGUGUAUUUAUCUUUCUGAAAUAUUUGUACAUUUUUUAUUUGGUAGUAUUUUACAAGUUACGUACAUGCUAUCAAGCAACAAAUCCGUCGUGUUGCUUGUGGUCGUGGCUUGUUCAGAUUAAAAAAAUAAAUAAAACGUAUAACCUACAGCCCACUAUACAAUUUGUACAAAAGUUGUAUGCCAGCUUUAUUCACAGAUUAGCAGCACAAGCUACGUACUAGCUAGCUACGUGCACUAGCUUUGUACACUCCUCAGAAGCACCAAUGAUCUCUGCUACUUCCUUCCAAGCUUUAAUGUCUCUGUAGGCACGGUGUUUAUGACAGGAGAACUUAAACCAUGGUUAUGCAGAAACUAAUUGCAGGUAGAGACUAAGGUUGCGAGCGGAGAGCUGAAGAAACGUCGAACCACGCGCGAUGUAGGAUUAGUCUGAGGAAACGUAUUAGCCUGUUGUUUGGAUGUGCGUUUGACUUUACAGUGUCAAACCUAAUUUUCGCAUCGUAAGUGUACACAAGUGAGGGAACAUCAUAACAAUUGGACAGUCACAAUUUGGUGUUUUGGAGCACCCUAGUGGGCUAUGGUGGUACUGCAGGCUACUUUUGAGAAACUGUCUCUCAGAAUGAUGGUUGGAGUCAGAUAUAUUUGAGAUGUACAUAAAUUUGAGUCAUCAGUGGAAUGAUUAGUAUGCAUGUGAACAAAAAUGUUGCAGCAUGUGUUGGCUUUGAUUACCAAAGUCUGUCAGCGUUACCGGUGUUGGGUGUGAUGGGCUGCAUGCUGUAAGUGCCCUGGUGUGUUUCAUUUAUUAUCAGUUUUUAAUGCAUUGAAAAUGAAACUGCACUUUUAAACCUCAUUAUCACUCAGAAUUUCAUGAAAGUGCUUUGGCUUUACAUUUCAAUUCACGCUGCUUCGUUUAAACCCUUGGAGAAGAGGUCUAAUCUACACUGUGUCUGUCUCUGUCUGAAUUCUUCACUAACACAUCUGUCUUAUCUGACCGUAUCUGAUCUGUCUGAUACCUCUGAGUAUUUUUGUUUUGUCCCUGCUCUAAUCUCUCCAGUCUGAUCUCUCUCUAUCUUGUUCUCAGACUUAUCCGUAUCUCUCUGUCUGAUCUCUUUAUCUUUUACGAUGUGAUCACUUCAUGUUUGUACCUAAUUUUUCACCGUCUGAUCUCUGCAUCUCCACUGAUAACCUUUUCAUGCUUGAUUUACUUUUUUUUCUCAUCUCAAUGUCCAGUCUUUGUUCGAUGUACCUUAAUCGUCUGAUCUCUGCACAAGCUUCCAAUCUAUAACUGUCUGAUUUCUCAAUCGUACAAUACACACAGCUCUGCAUGGAUCUAUUCAUGUCGUGUGCCUUUUUGUAUGAGUUCCCUGUGUGCGCGCUUUAAAUCUGAUCUCAAUUGAUUACUCUUGUCUCAGUCUGUGUAAUAUUGCGACAUCAGAUUUUUCUGUCCCAUCCCAUUUUGUCCUUCUAUCUUUGUUUCAUUAUGUCUAAUUUAUCUGAUCUCUCAUAGUUUAGACACUAGAGUAGAUGGUGGAAUAUCAUUGCUUCUAAUCUUGACAUAUCUGAACCUUCUGUCUGUCUGAUCUCUGGGUUUAAUCUUUUUCAAUCUGAUUUCUGCAUAUACGUACGCUCUCAUCCUCUCUGAUCUAUAUUUGUCCAUGGAUUUUUUUUUAUCUGACGUCUCUAAUUUCGCUCACUGUCUAAAUUCAUUGCAUGUAACCUUGUCUUGAUCGGAUCUCAAUCAUCACAUCAUCCUCGGAUCAGUGUCUAUCCGUCUAAUCAUUACAAAUGACAGAUCAUAGACCAUAAGAGAUUAGAUACACAGGAAUUUCCAUUAUCUUUUUUUAUUUAACGCAUGCUGUAUGGGGCAACAAGGUGGUGUAGUGGUUAGCACUGUCGCCUCACAGCAAGAAGGUUCUGGGUUCGAGCCCAGUAGCUGACAGGGGCCUUUCUGUGUGGAGUUUGCAUGUUCUCCCCGUGUCCGCGUGGGUUUCCUCCGGGUGCUCCGGUUUCCCCCACAGUCCAAAGACAUGCAGGUUAGGCUAAUUGGUGGCUCUAAAUUGACCGUAGGUGUGAAUGGUUGUGUCUUAAUGUGUCAGCCCUGUGGUGAUCUGGCAACUUGUCCAGGGUGUACCCUGCCUCUCGCCCAUAGUCAGCUGGGAUAGGCUCCAGCUUUAAGCAGUUACGGAUAACAGGUGGAUGGGUAUUCUGUAUGUCUUAUCUUUCACACCAAGAAAACAGAGAUCAGAUGCAUAAUGCGUAGACGAUCUGAUCUCUUUUUCUUUCGUGUCUGAUCUCACCGUCUGAUCUCUAAUGAUGGUAAACGCUCUAUCCAGAGUGUGUCUUCCUGCCAAAAGCACAGACUGCCCUCUAGACACAACCACCCACCCAUACACACACACACACACAGACACAAAGCUUGAAUCUGAUUGCCCACUGAGGUCACGGCCCAUCAUCUUGUUGGUCAGAAGAAAGAGUCAAUAAGUAGUCCUUAGCCAAUGGGGGCGAAUUUUGUGAGAAGUCUUCCAUUAGGAGAGCAGCACCAGCAUCACUUGCACAGGUCAGAGGUCAGACGUUACCGGGUCGGUGGGGUGUAAAUAAAGAUGUCCAUCUGCGUUGGAAGAAAGGUUUUGAUUAUAAUCGACUGCCUGAACCUGACGACUGUCUGUUCGCAAAACCAGAAUGUUGAUUUCAUUAGUUAGUGUUUGCACUUUAAUUAAUUGACACAUUCAAGAUGUGUAAUUGUACAAAUGUUUUGUGUGUGUGUGCGCGCGUGUGCAUGUGUGCGUGUGUGUGUGCAUGACGCUGACCAUCAGGAUGACCCGAUCAUUUACAUUAAAAUA